AUGGAGAACAAUCAGACCACAGUGACAGAUUUCAUUCUGCUGGGAUUUCUUGUUAGCCCUAAGAUGCACCUAAUUCUCUUUGGGCUCUUCUUCCUACUCUUCACGUUCACUCUGCUUGGAAAUGGAGCCAUUCUGGGACUGAUUUGUCUUGAGUCCCAACUCUACAUUCCCAUGUACUUCUUCCUCUCACAACUGGCCAUUGUUGACAUCUCUUAUGCCUCAACCACAGUCCCCCAGAUUCUGAUAAAUCUCCUGGAUCCAGCCAAGCCCAUCUCUUUUGCAGGCUGUAUAACACAGAUCAACUUCUUUUUGAUUUUUGCCCACACUGAAUGUCUUCUGCUGGUAAUGAUGAGCUAUGACCGGUAUGUGGCAAUCUGUCAUCCACUCAGAUAUACUCUCAUUAUGAGUUGGAGAGUGUGUAUUGCACUGGCUAUCACAUCUUGGGCAUGUGGAUCCUUUCUGGCAUUGGUCCAUGUGCUUCUCCUCCUUAGGCUGCCCUUCUGUGGUCCUCGGGAAAUCAACCACUUCUUCUGUGAACUCCUGUCUGUCCUGAAACUUGCCUGUUCAGACCUUUGGCUUAACAAAAUGGUCAUCUUUAUUGCCUGUGUGCUUAUUGUAGUUGGACCUCUCUGCUUAAUCCUAAUCUCCUACACCCAUAUCCUUGGUGCUAUUCUGAAAAUCCAGUCAGGAGAAGGACGAAAGAAAGCCUUCUCCACCUGCUCCUCCCACCUCUGUGUGGUCGGGCUUUUCUUUGGGAGUGCCAUCAUCACUUACAUGGCCCCUAAUCAAGGAACUGGGGAACAACAGAAAAUUCUCUUCUUGUUUUACAGCUUCUUUAAUCCUACCCUAAAUCCUUUGAUCUAUAGCCUGAGAAAUGCAGAGGUAAAGGGGGCCCUAAGAAGAUUGCUUAGGAAGGAGAGAACAGGUUAA